AUGGAGAUUGAGGAUGUGAAAACUUCAAGCCGAUUAUUCCACAAGUCUUCAUUCAGCAUCAGCAGCCUGUUGUGGAGACGAGAAGGAGUGAUGGGUGACCAGGAGUCUCCUUCUCAGUCCCAGAAAGUGCGCCCUAGCCAGCUUGCAAAAGCCAGCCAUGAUCAAAACUUUGAAAAGUCAAAAGAAUGCGCCAAAGUGGAAACCAAAGCGGGGACUGUAACUGGGAGACGAGAAGGAAAUAAGGAAGAAUCGAGGAAAACCGGUGGAGCAGAAGAAAGCGUCAAACCCGAAAAACCUCCUUUUAGUUACAACGCGCUCAUCAUGAUGGCGAUCCGCCAAAGUCCCGAAAGACGGCUCACGCUCAACGGCAUCUAUGAGUUCAUCAUGGAAAACUUUCCGUACUACCGGCAAAACAGACAAGGGUGGCAAAAUUCAAUCAGGCACAACCUGAGCCUAAACAAGUGUUUCGUGAAAGUGCCGCGCCACUACGACGAUCCCGGCAAAGGCAACUACUGGAUGCUGGACCCCUGCAGCGAGGACGUCUUCAUAGGUGGCACAUCGGGAAAACUGCGGCGCAGAGCCGCAGCUGGCUCCAGGGCCAAGCUCGGGCUGAAGAGAGGAGGCGGUCGUGUGAUGCCCACGGGCACUGCAACCAGCGUCACUCUGGCCGCAGCCAGUUCGUUUUACUGGCCGGUUCCGCCGUUUCUACCUCUCCAAGCGCCGGUGCGUACCCACCUUGGCGCGGGGACAUAUCUGAGCGCGCACCCUCGCUUCUCCAACCACGCCACGUCGGUGGUCUCACAGCGGGCCCGACUGAGCGCAAACGCUGCGGACGCUGACCGGUUCUUGCAGACGCACCAGGAGAUGUCUUACAUCGGACUCAGUUGCGCGCAGUCCCGUCGCCACCAGAUCGGCGCCGCGUGCACCGCCUUCUCCGCCUCCAUUCCCGCGUGCACGCUGCCGCUGACAGACCCGUGCUCUUUUAACAUGAUCUCGGGACAAGCCAGCUACUUUUACUCUCACCACAUACCGUGCGCCGCCACGUUUAGUCAAGAGGAGUGCGCCACCUCCAAGACACCAGGGGCGACGUUUUUACCCAAGAGCGGUCACUCAGACCUCGGGGGAUGCUGCGGUGACUUUUCAAAUUACUGCCCUCAAGUCAGCCCGAGCCCGUCGUCUUGGAAUAUAGAGAAAUAG